GUCUGAGGGGCUGGAGCAGACUCAACCCUCCAUCUGGGACAUUAAUUCCUAUUUAUCCUCUUAGCUCCACACGCUCACUCCUGUACUCCAACUGCCCUUAUUCUCUGGGCUGCACCCCCCACACUCACAGGCACAGGAGCAUCAGGAAAGGGGGAAGCAGGAGGAAUGGUAGAGGCCAGUGGGUUGGCUUGUGGAUUUUGGGAUGUAAUUUGGGAAGAGGGGGGAGGAGGGAGUGGGAGUAGACACAUAUUGUAAAUUGCUUUCUUGUGCUGUUUGCAGUAUUGUGGUGGGAUGUCAGUGCACAGAGGGGCCCCUCCUACACGUGGAAAGUCCGCUCUCUCCUGUCUGUUCUAACCCUCUGCCUCCACACACCAUUAUUAAGGAUUUAAAGGGACUGUUGCCUGGCAGUGUGAUUGUGUUCCACAGUUUGCUUUAGGGAUGGAUUGGCACAGGCUUGGCACAUUGCUGCUUCUGGCAGUUGCAAUUGGACUCUCUUUGGGCACCAAGAAACCCACUACAAGGAGACAAGAUCGCCUGGGGCCUCCUCUGGAUAUUCAUUUGGAAGCUUUGAACUGCACGGCCUUCAGCGUACAAUGGAGAAUGCCAAGACAGCAUGCGAGCACCAUCUCUGGCUAUACAGUUUUCUAUACAGAAGUCAUUAAUGACAAACAUGUGAAGCAGCUCUCUCAAGAUGUUCCCAUUAAACUGGACAUGCUAACACUGGGGCAACUGGAUGCACUCGUGACUUUUGAAGUAAUCCUAGGAGAUUUAAAGGCCGGGACCUUACAUCGGGUGAGCGUAGGAGCUUACAGCUGGGCAGGGAAAGGAAGACCAAGUAUGCCGAGGGAUGUCUCCACAUUACCCCAAGAGAGCUGCAUGGCCCCCGGUGCCCCGGCGCAGCCGCAGGCGGUGGUUGUCUCUGAUACGGAGGUCGCUGUUUCAUGGCAGCAAAACACCAGUGCAGGAAGCCCCCCAGUCCAGUAUUACGCAAUGGAAUAUAUCAGGCCAGAACUUGAUGGGAUUUGGAUUCCCAUCAGAGACCAGAUACAAAUCAAUUCCAUGGUCCUGAAGGGUCUGACUCCAAACACCAAGUACCAAUUUGCAGUCAAAGCCGUGAAUUCAUUCGGGGAGAGUCCACUCAGCCGUGCAAGUGAAAUCAUCAGGACAUUCGGUACAGAAGAACUGGGGUCUGGAAGCUACGGUGAAGGUUAUGUGACAGAUCCUAAAAGUGAUGACGAUGGUUAUACGACCGAUGACUCCGAUGAUGAUAUCUACAUAGAUGAACUCAAACCAAUGACUUCUGGGAAAGCGGGGAGCACAAAGGUUCUGGUUGAUACUAAGGUGACCCCAGGAACUUACACAAAGAUCAUCCCAUUGACAUCAAGAUCUACUGUGGCCACGGUCACAACUAGCACAUCGACAAAGGCUCCAUUGACUACUUCUGUGACCAUAACCUCAACACCGGCCUCUACCACUACUACUACUCCAGCUAGAACCACCAACAUGAAAACUGCCAAAGACCGCAGCUUAGGCUUCCCCCCGAGGCUCUUUGAUCUGACUUGUGAGGAGACAUUCUGCCCAGCAGACAGCUUCUGCCUAAAUGACUAUGACCGCGGAGGAUCCCAAUGCCAUUGUAACCUAGGAAAAGGUGGAGGGACCUGUGAGAAUGAUAUUAAUGUGCAGUUCCCCCAGUUUUAUGGACACUCAUACAUGACAUUUGAGCCCCUAAAAAACUCCUAUCAGACAUUUCAGAUAACUGUGGAAUUCAGGGCUCAGAGUGAUGAUGGUUUACUGCUGUACUGUGGGGAAAAUGAGUAUGGCCGCGGGGAUUUCAUGUCGGUGGCCAUCAUUCGCCGAACUGUCCAGUUCCGGUUUAACUGUGGCACGGGCACGGCUGUUAUCACGAGUGAACGUAAAAUCAAGCUGGGCAGCUGGCAUGUUGUGCGUGUGUAUCGUGAAGGAAUAAAUGGAUGGUUACAGCUUGAUAACAGCUCCCCAAUAUCAGGCAAAUCACAGGGGCAGUACAGUAAAAUCACGUUCCGAACUCCAUUCUACAUUGGCGGUGCGCCCAGUGUCUACUGGUUGGUUAAGUCAACAGGGACGAACCGUGGCUUUAAGGGUUGUGUGCAGUCUCUGUCUGUAAAUGGGAGGAAUAUUGACAUGAGACAGUGGCCCCUGGGAAAGGCUUUGAGUGGAGCCGAUGUGGGUGACUGCAGCACUGGGGUCUGUGAUGGGGCUCCCUGUGUUAACGGGGGAACCUGUCAAGUAAGAACAGCUGAUUUGUACCUGUGCCUCUGCCCUGCUGGAUUCCGGGGUCGCCUCUGCGAGGAAGCGUUCACCCUGGCGAUUCCUCAGUUCAAUGAAUCAGCCCGUUCUUUCGCAGUGGCAAAGUGGCCUUUAGAACCUCAUCACUAUCUUUCUUUCAUGGAGUUUGACAUGACGUUUCGUCCAGACACAGAGGAUGGGACCAUACUCUACAGCUAUGAUACAGACAGUAAAGACUUUAUAUCCGUUACCUUGAUCAAUAGCUACGUGGUGUUCAGAUUCGACUGUGGCUCAGGGACUGCAGUGAUCAGGGCUGAGAAACCAGUUACACUUGGGCAAUGGCAUGAGCUGCAGUUCUCACGCACGGCCAGGAAUGGGAUCUUACAAGUGGACAACCAAAAGCAAGUGCAUGGAGUUUCAGAGGGCGGCUUCACUCAGAUUAAGUGCAACACUAAUCUCUUCAUUGGCGGGGUUCCUGAUUAUGAUACCGUGAAAAAGAACUCGGGGGUCCUUAAGCCUUUCACUGGGAGCAUUCAGAAGCUCGUACUUAAUGAUCGGAUCAUUAGCCUGAUACAGGGCUUGAGUUCUGGAGUCAAUUUGGAAAAUGCAAACCAUCCAUGCGCUAACAUACCCUGUGCAAAUGAUGGGAGCUGUAGGCCACAGCAUGAUAGUUAUGAAUGUGAUUGCCCUUUAGGCUUUGAUGGAAAGAACUGUCAAAAAGAGUGUGGAAAUUACUGCAUUAAUAUCAUCACAGAAGCAAUUGAAAUCCCACAGUUUAUUGGUCGCAGUUAUCUCAUAUACGACAACCGAGACAUUCUUAAAAGAGUCUCCGGCUCCCGAUCAAACAUAUUUAUGAGAUUUAAGACCACAGUGAAAGAUGGUUUGUUGAUGUGGAGGGGGGACAGCCCGAUAAAGGCCAACACUGACUUCAUUUCCCUGGGGAUCCAGGAGGGAAACAUUGUUUUCAGCUAUAACCUUGGCAGUGGCAUGGCCUCUAUUGUGGUCAAUGGCUCUUUCAAUGAUGGACGAUGGCACAGAGUAAAGGCUGUACGGGAUGGUCAGACUGGAAAGGUUACUGUGGAUGACUACGGCGCUAUAACUGGGAAAUCGCUAGGACUUAUGCGUCAGCUCAACAUUAAUGGAGCCCUUUAUGUUGGUGGGAUGAAGGAAAUAGCUCUGCAUACAAACCGGCAGUAUUUGAGGGGCCUGAUAGGUUGCAUCUCCCACUUCACGCUCUCUACAGACUUCCAUAUUUCACUGGUUGCAGAUGCAAACGAUGGGAAAAACAUAAAUACCUGUGGAACUAAAUGAAAACAAUCCUAUCAGGGUGAAUUCCCUGUUAUUUCCACUCUUGGAACAGUGAAGAACUUUGCACUCUGAGGAAGCUUUGCUGCCUGAAGGUCAUUCCGAAUAACCCAAGAAAGGAACCAAAAAAAACCAUAAUUCACUUUUUAUAAACCAAGUGUAAUAUUUUGUAGGAUUUUUUAAAGCGAAGAUCUUUUAGAAAUACAGAACUAAAGUGAGAGAAACGUGUGCCUUUCUCCUCCUAAAUAAUGUUCCCUUGAGGUGUUCCUCCCAUCUAGGUGUGUUCAGCCUUCACUGAGACUCUUACACCACGUGACACAUCCUGAUGGAAUUUGGCAAAGCUUGUUUACUGAGUGCAUAUGGACUGAAGGGAAAGUGACUAGAGACUGGUGGUUCAUGCUUUAGGCACAACACACCUAUAGCUAUCAAGAAUCCAAAACCUGUGACUCCUUUUUAUGGGCAUAAUGGUCUAGUAGAUACAGUAGCUUUUUCCAGUCCAUCUAGUAUCGGAUACAAAAUCUCGGUCUGUUUACUAAAUGUUUUUGGAUGGAUUUUUUUAUGUUACAUCAUUUCACAAAAAGUUAUUUUCUAUUGCUUUCAUGCAUCAAAAAAAAAAAACUUUUGGACUUUAGAACCAAAGAAAACAAAUGGAAAAUGUCUACUAACAGCCAAGUACCGAAUUUGGACCCCAGAACAUCCAGCAGGAAUCAUAAAAACACUGAGCGAUAUUUCACUGUGGUUUGUUUGUAGCAGGAGUUGAUUGUUAUUGCAGGUAAUGAAGUUAUUUCCAACAACACUCUUUCUAUAAGCUUUUAUUUUUGCCCUUUUUGCUAAUUUAUUUUAUUUAUGCCCAGUCUCUAGGGCUGAGAUUGUUCGGGUCAGUGUUAAUCAUGUACAUUAAACUUUCUUGCUUUCCA